UUUAUUUAUUUAUUUACAAAAAUAUUAUCCAGUAUUACAUUUUGUAAUCUGAAUUUCAUAGUUUAAAUUGACUUUCAUAUUAAAUCCAUAGCUAAUAGUCUAACUGAUCCAAAUCCUACGCUUAAGACUGGAUAUUUGGGAAUUUCUGGUCUGCAUUUUGUCUGACAUCGGAACUAUUCGGGCGUCUCGAGGUCUGGUAGCAGCAGUCAUUUCCUCUCGCGUCCAUCAGGCCCGCCGGAGCUCCGCGCCGACAGCGACGCUUCCUUCCAACCGCACACGGCGCUCUGGCCCCCGGGCAUUAGUCGGGCUGUUAUCGCGAGCGUACGGUACGGCUCGCGCCUCCCUUCCAGCGCCCGCUCCGUCCGCAGCUCCUCCAGAAACAGCGCGCGCCGAUGCACCAGUGCCGGGCUGCUGCGCCCGGGGACCGGAUAGUGCUGCUCGUGCCGGCCACGAGAGCGACAAAGAGCACACCGGUGCAGUUUUCGGGGGGACCGAUUGUAGACAUUUUUUACCGGCGCAAUCCUGCUGCAAAGUUGGAUAUUUAUCGCAAAGUUUUCGUUCAAAUGAAUGCGAGAUAGCGAGGAUUUCCUUUCCGCGGACACCUCGGGACUGUAAGGCUGCAGCAAUACGCUCCGCUGCCGGGCAUGAACGCGCUGGCUGCAUUACGGGACCUUUCACGGAAGCGUGCUCUGCCCUCGCCAGAGCGCGGGGGAAGGUCGGCCUCCUCCCGUCUCGGACCAGCCGUGCUCGCUUCAGUGCUGCUAACCUGCUAGCUCGCGCGCUAGCCGAGACGCGGCGGCGGUGAAAUAGCCUCGCGCGUCUAACAGCGAUUCCGGGGUUGUUGUUUUUUUUUUUUUUUGGUUUGUUUGUUUGUUUGUUUGUCUUUGUUUUAGCAGAAGGUGAGCUGAUUAUGUGGUCGUGUUUCCCCCCUCUCCUCUCCUCUCCCCUCCUCACCAUGCUACACACAAGCGGAUUCGUGGGUCGGCGUUACUCUUCAAAAUGCUGCUGUUGCAAAACUUGAAGAAAACCCAGAAGCUCUGAGCCACCCCCGGUACCGUGUCCGCGCUAACGGACCGACAUAAAGCAUCGGGUCCAAACGGAACGUUAUUAAGUCCGGUUAGCAGGUUUAUAACGCCAUAUCAAGCCCUCCACCAAAAACCUCGCGAUGACUGUAAUCCGAUUUGAAAAGGUUUGGGAGUCAGGUUGCCAGUAAUGACUUUUCUGCUGCAAUGAGCACCGGCCGCAAGCCCGUGGCGGCUCGUGGGCUGGAGAGAGGGUCGCUCAGCUAACGGAUCUGUCUUUGGCUGAUUCGGAGAAGGUGGAGUUCACUAAGACGAGCUUUAAUACGGACCCCGGCGCGGAGGUGCGGAGGAUGUCCACGGAGCGCUCGCCAAGCUGACCAGACCGUCCAAAGGUCACCGGGCGCGAUCGCGUAACGUGUAACGUUACAUGUAACCCGGCAUCGCUGCACGGUGCAGUGCACUUUACACAAGCAAAGGGACAAAAACACACCCGACAGUUGCAUCCCAGCGCCUAUGGUAACGGAUCUGUUUUCCGCCCGACAUACCCAUGCGUUACCGUCUACGUUACAUGGUCGUGGCUAUGGCAUUUUUAAAUGGACCCAGGUUGCUGGACUGGGCAAACUCUCCUCCACACCUACAGUUCAACAGAUACGUGCUCACGGGCUACAGGCCCAUAUCUUCGGUUCAGGAUUGCGUCAGAAGUCUGUUUUAUCUUCACAAUGAACUGGGGAACAUCUACACACAUGGUAUCCCUCUGCUUUGUUUUCUGGUGGUGCUCCCUCUGAACAUCCCUUGGUCUCAGAUCAGUGUGACAUGGCUGGGUGUGGUGCACUUCCUGGCAUGUUUAUCUCCUCAGCUGGGCUCUGUCCUCUACCACUUGUUCAUGAACCACGAGGGCGGAGAGCCAGUCUACAAAACCCUGCUCACCUUAGACAUGUGUGGCAUCUGUAUGAUCAACACUCUGGGUGCUCUGCCCAUCCUGUACACCACACUGCUGUGUUACCCAUUCACGCGGAGCGCCGCCCUGCUGGUGUACAUCCUGCUGUCCAGCUACGCCAUCUACUGUGCCGUGACGGCCCGUAGCCGCGUGCGACGCCUGCGCUCCUUCGCCUGGCAGGCACUUUUCCGCUUCUCCUUCUUCCUCCUGCGCUGGGUGGGCGUGGGCGGGGGAAGCCCCACCUCCCUGCGCCACUUCCUCACCAUGGACGCGCUGGCCGUGGUGGGCGGGGUCAUCAACAUCACACGUGUGCCCGAGCGGUUCCGGCCGGGCCUGUUUGACUACUGGUGCAACAGUCACCAGAUCAUGCAUGUGCUGGUGGUGGGUUCCAUCCUGUCCCUGCACUGGGGCGUCCUGGACGACCUGCUGUGGAUCAGCAGCUACCACUGUCCCACGGACUGACCCGACCCGGCCUCCGGACCUGCCCCCGGGGGAACCGGCGUUCUGGAGCGGCUUUUUGUGGGCUGCGGUGCUGUCUUUAGAGGAUCAGAGGGCACGAGUCAGGAGAGGCAGGGCCAGUGCACGCAAGCUGCUCUCGCUGCCUCUGACACAUAUGAUGGUUCGCGACCUCAAAUGCAGGAAUGUAGAUAUUUGUGUCUGUGCAUGGAAGAUGCAUCCAUAGCUGAAACCUGCACAUAGUGUAGGGAUGCACAAGCACACACACACACACACACACACACACACACACACUCAGAGGCAUGAAGUCUGAUAUACAUCAGUUGUACACCAGCAUUCAGAGCAUCAUUGUAAAACACUGAUGUGUUUUGUCUUAAUUUCUGUAAACAUAUUCGGGUGAAGUUGAGCCAUCAGACUGUCGGCUCGUAAGGAAACAUUUGCAUUGCACAGCAUCGAUGUGCUUUAUCUAGCCAGUCAUGUCUAACGCAGCUGUGUGAAAACGGAGCUGCUCACCAAGCCAAGAACGACACCUCUGAGGUACAGAUGUCAUACUAGAACUGUUAAUGCACUCUGCACUGACUCUGCUCACACACACACACACACACAAACACUCCACACUGAGCCUAAUA